GCCCCGCCCCCAUACCCUCGUGCGCCGCCCUGGAGCCCCCGUCAUCCCCUCCCCCAUGCGCCGCCCUGGAGCCCCGCCGCCAGUCGCUCCUGGUGUCCCAGCACAUACUGUCCCCCACGGGUGUAGACAGCGGAAUCAAAUUGCUCGGAGUCGGUUGCCGGGGGGGAGUAUUUUCGGGCCGCUCCCCGGCAGGUGGGUGAGGUGGCGCGGCUAGGCCGGUUCCGCUGGGGGAGGUGAAGAUGGCGGAGAGCCGGGGUGAGGUGGCGGCUCCGCCGUCGGGCUCCUCUCAGGGGCCCCCCGGCAGCACCGGGACCGCGCCGCCCAGUAGCAACCCGCUGUCCCGUAAGCUCCACAAGGUCCUGGAGACGCGGCUGGACAACGACAAGGAAAUGCUGGAAGCUCUCAAGGCUCUUUCAACCUUUUUUGUCGAAAACAGUUUGCGCACCAGAAGAAACUUGCGUGGAGACAUUGAGCGCCGUAACUUAGCCAUAAAUGAAGAAUUUGUCUGCAUUUUCAAGCAAGUUAAAGAGGAGCUUGAAAGUAUAAAUGAAGAUGUUCAGGCAAUGAGCAACUGCUGUCAGGACAUGACCAUUCGUUUGCAGGCAGCGAAGGAACAGACUCAGGAUCUGAUGGUGAAGACGACAAAGCUACAAGCAGAGAAUCAAAGACUAGAAAUGAAAGCACAAGUUGCAGGUGCUUUCAUAGAAAAAUUCCAACUGACUCCAGAUGAAAUGAACCUUCUUCGAGGCACAAGAGAUGGCCCAAUUACCGAGGAUUUUUUCAAGGCAUUAGGAAGAGUAAAGCAAAUUCAUAAUGAUGUCAAGAUUCUUCUCCGUACAAACCAACAGAGAACAGGCCUAGAAAUUAUGGAACAGAUGGCUUUGCUCCAAGAGACUUCUUAUGAGCGACUUUACAGAUGGGCUCAAAGUGAGUGCAGGACUUUGACACAAGAAUCAUGUGACAUUUCUCCAGUUCUCGCCCAGGCCAUGGAAGCCCUGCAGGAUAGACCUGUUCUGUAUAAGUACACCCUGGAUGAGUUUGGAACAGCUAGAAGAAGUGCAGUAGUCCGUGGCUUUAUUGAUGCUCUUACCAGAGGAGGUCCAGGCGGUACUCCCCGACCUAUAGAAAUGCACUCCCAUGAUCCUUUGAGAUAUGUAGGAGACAUGUUGGCAUGGCUGCAUCAAGCUACUGCUUCUGAAAAAGAACAUCUGGAAGCUAUGUUAAAGCUUGUAACUACUCAAGGUGUGGAAGAAAAUGUACAAGAAGUAGUUGGGCACAUCACAGAAGGUGUCUGCAGACCUCUGAAGGUCAGAAUUGAGCAGGUGAUCGUUGCUGAACCAGGAGCAGUUUUAUUAUACAAAAUAUCUAAUCUUCUCAAGUUCUAUCACCAUACAAUUAGUGGUAUUUUGGGAAACAGUGCAGCCACGUUGUUAACCACAGUUGAAGAAAUGCAUUUGUUAAGCAAAAAGAUAUUCUUCAAUAGUCUGAGCCUACAUGCAAGUAAACUAAUGGAAAAGGUUGAACUCCCACCACCGGAUCUUGGCCCAAGCUCUGCACUGAAUCAAACACUCACAUUGCUACGUGAGGUUCUGGCAUCCCAUGACUCAUCUGUUGUGCCUUUGGAUGCGCGUCAAGCUGACUUUGUACAGGUUCUGUCUUGUGUGCUAGAUCCAUUAUUACAGCUAUGUACUGUGUCUGCUAGUAAUUUAGGCACAGCUGACAUGGCAACCUUCAUGGUAAAUUCACUAUAUAUGAUGAAGACUACCCUGGCUCUCUUUGAAUUCACUGACAAACGUCUGGAAAUGUUACAAUUUCAAAUUGAAGCACACUUGGAUACGCUAAUAAAUGAACAAGCCUCCUGUGUGUUAACUAGAGCUGGUCUAAGUUGCAUAUACAAAUCUGUGCAGCAGCACAAACCAGAGCAGGGGCCCCUGGCAAACUUGCCUAGCUUGGAUUCAGUGUCACUGAAGGCUGCAAUGGUUCAGUUUGAUCGUUACCUGUCUGCUCCUGAUAAUCUGUUAAUGCCACAACUCAAUUUCCUUCUAAGUGCUACUGUGAAAGAGCAGAUAAUAAAACAGUCCACAGAACUGGUCUGCAGAGCCUACAGUGAUAUAUAUGCAGCUGUGAUGAAUCCAGCCAAUGAAUAUAAGGAUCCAGAAACCAUACUACACAGAUCUCCUCAUCAAGUUCAAUCACUUCUCUCAUAAACUUAUUUUCCAAAUUAUGUUGCAGAACACUUACCGUAAUGUUACUUAACAUUACAUUCCCUUAAUAUUAAAGCCUUCAAUAUUUGCAGUCUGUUUUUAUAUUUUUGAAUUUUGAUUAUAACCGUACAGUUACCUUGAAGGGCAGUGAUGGGGGUUUGUUUAAUAUUUCUAACAGAAGUCUGGCCAUUUCUAUACACUUUGUGUUGAGUUCUUGCUAUAGACAAAAACAAGAAAAUAGAAUAUAGAUUAAUAAUUAUUUUUAACUUAUUCUUGGAAAGGAAAUGAAGGAUCAUGACAACUUUUCUGAUCAGAAAUGAAAAAUUAUAGUCUGGUACUUACUACACCUAAUUCUUUGAAUAAGAUGUUGAAACGCUGUCUUCUGACAUCAUUAAUGAACUAGCCAAUACUCUCUUAAUUGCUGUUUCCCCCUGCUUUUUUCCAUUCUAUUCCUAGGUGCUUUAUUCAAUAGCCCAUUGCAACUACGCAUAUUAUUGUUGUUUGUAUUGUCAUAGCAUCUAAGAGCGCUAGUCAUGGACCAAGAUCCCAUUGUGCUAGGUGCUGUACAAACACAGAACAAAAGAGUUUCUCUCCUAAUAGUACAUAAUUUGGAUAUAGCUGAUAUACUUCUGAAUAUCUAGAAGUAAAUCAGCUUUACAUCCUGUAUGUCAUUUCAAAAUAUUUGGCACUGUGGCAUACUAAGAUUCUUUAAAGCCCACUGAUUUCGUGUCUCUGGAACAAGGUAAAAAAAUGAAUUUUGUUUGUUAUUGGUUCUGGUGCUUUUCUUGAUGCCACUGGUGCCCAUACCAAAACAAUCUCAAUUCAGAGAACAAAACAUUGCCUUUCCAAAUGUAAAGGAGAAUUUAGAAGGUUAGUAACUUAACUGUGAAUUAUAUUCCAUUGUUAACAGGGAAAAUAAUUCAGACCAUUAGGCAGUUAAAAAAUGUAUAACACAUUUCCAAUAAGAAUAGGAAAUACAGUAGAUUCCACUUACUAGCACCCCCUCAGUUGCCAGCAAAUAGUUGCUAUUAUCCAGCAGUUGCUAAUAAGCAGAAGAUAGGUUUGCUAGGCAACAGCCAGGACAAGACGUGCUGGGAUGUGCCUUCCCUGGCUGCAGCCCUGCAAAACUGCCUGUAGGCAAGGCAGCAGCGGGGAGGAGGGCUGCAGCCUGGAUGCCAGGGCUUUCUACGUGGUGCUGUGGCGCUGUACCAUACCUCUCCCUGCUCUCUCCAGGGGUUGGGGAUCAGCACGUCCCAGCACUUCCUUCCCCACAUGCAGUCCCCCGUCAGGAUGCAGCACAGGCAGAGGUACCGUGCAACUGAAGCAUUCAUGCUGUAGUCCCCUUCCCCGCUACUGCCCUGUUCACGGCCUCCACUGCCAGACCACAGCCCCUUACCUCCUGUGCAGUCCUGUGCACAAGGCAGGUUUCCAGGGCUGCAGCCCCAGAAGGAAGUGCUGGAAUGGUCUGAUCAAUGGCCCCGAGCAUGUUUCUGGGACUUCAACCUGGGCAGGCACGUUCAGCACUUCCUUCUCUGGCUGCAGCCUUGCAAACCUGCUUGCAGGUGGUGCUUUUCUUCUGAAAAACAUUGGCAAGGGCACGCUGCUUAUUAACAAUCUCCAAAUCCCAUUAACAUUAAAGUCAAUAAGACGGGAUUGGCUCAUGGCAAAAUGAUGCUAUUAACCAAGAGUUGUUAAUAUUAAUCUACUGUAUUUCAAUUACUCGUGCAGUCUGUGGUGUCAUUCACAAUGUGGGCUGGAUGUAAAAUUCUGUAGAAACCCUGCGGAUAUCCCAACAACUCUUGUAUGAUUCUGUAAAACCUACUGGGGAUAUAGUUUUUAGUUGGCAUAAUGCAUUUUUCUCUUGUUCUGGAAGCUGAAAUGAUGAGCCAUUUGUGUUUGAUUAAAUGUUUUUUCUUUAAAUAAUAGAAAUCAUUAAACAGAACCAAAAAAAAAAAGUCAUUUUUAAUCCUUGUUUGAAAACUGUACUGUUAUGGCCCGAGUGUCAGCAAUGGCUUUGGGUACUACUGGAAAUUGAAGAACUGUUUUGUAUGGUAGUCACCAUUACAUUUUGUCUUUGCAAGCAGAUCUUAUCACCGUGGGUAUUUCCUGUAUUUAGCAUGAAGAGUACUUGCAGAACAAAUUGAAAUGAACUACUUACCUUUGUUAAAUAAGUUAUUGGUGACCAGUGUAGGAUUUUUACAGAUGAUCUGUGCUUCCAGAAGGAGAGUAAAAUAUAUAAUAGAAAUUUUACUGGAUUUCCAACUGACUUGUUAAGAGACAGUGAAAACAUUAUUAUAAAUUGAGAAUAUUUGCUUCAUUCAAGAAAUCCUGCCCAGAAAAUCAGAGGUUACCAAUAAGGGAUCUUUAUACUAUGGAAGAAGGAGGCACAGGUGGGAAACCUUCCUUUGGGAGACCUCAGUUUCCAUGUUUUCUUUUCCUCCAAGAUUUUGUGUAGAAGGUGGACAGCGGGUUGUUUCAGGUGCUUCGGUUUAAGCUGGUGCAUACUUAGAUGGGAUGAGCUACCAUUCACAUAGAAUUUUGUAUUGUGUAUUUUAAAUUUAUGGGAUGUGCAUUGUGACGAGUUGGGGACUCUGUACAACGUAUGAAUUCUGGAUGAUAUGACAUUGUAUCAUGACCAUUACUGUGUUAUUGUAAGCCUGUAUGUGUGGAUUCACUAUCGCUGACAAGACAUACUGGAAGCGCACACUGCAGGCUGAGUACAGGCUGAGAUCCUACUUAACAUUUAGGAUCCAGGCAGUUUUUAGCAUAACCUUUGUGUGGUCAAAGCACUAUCGUUAAAGAAAACCAGUCUUCUCUGAGGGAUGUUUUUGGAGCAGUGGAAAGUUACCAAACACAGAACAAAGAAAGCAGGGAUUUAAAUGAGGAAACACACAGGAACACAGAGGGUGCAGUUGAGGGAUGCUGAGGGAGAGACUGGGGAGGAAGACUCCAUGAGGGAGAAGCCACUCAGCAUGUAACAGCCUGCAUGAGGCAGGGAAACCCUGCCUGCCUUCCUGAGCCCAGGUGGCCUCCCAAGGGCAGGGUGAACUAGCGAGGGGCAUUGUAGCUAGGAUGUUUGUUUUCUAACUGAUGCAUACUCUCUUGUGCUUGAUAUGAUUAAGUACAAGAGAAUUGUGUUAGAUUCUGGGCAAUGCAUCUGUGUUAUAUGCUUCACAAUUACACAUGCCUCCUUAGAGAAUUAAGCUGUAAACCAGAAGGCUCACAUUUUUCCAUGAGAUUCUGGGACAGGGUGUGUUUAAGAAACUGGAGUAUCUUGGGGGUCAGCACUGGUCCUGGGGGCCUAGGACGCAUGGGCUGAGAGAAACUGUGUAGGGGUAGGAGACAGUCAUUGCCCAGGAAAUGUGCCAGAAAGGCCAAGGGAGGACAAGAUACUGGGCAAAAUUGCUGAGACUCAAGGAAGGCUUAAACCAUGGAGGGAUGAGGCACCCAGAGACUUGGAGUCCCCUCAUAGCAGUGGAGUAGAUGGCCUGCAGGGGGCACCUGACCGAAUCUGUGACCAGCACCUGUAGAGGUUUAUAUAAAUAAUAUACCUCCAUACCAGUUAUGUGCUAAUCAGCAGCCACAUCGACAGCCAGUGUAUGUCUGUAAAAGAACCAGUGGCAGAGAAGAACAGCAACUCAGAAUGUAAUCCUAGAAAAAUAGUCCAAUCCAACUAUAUGUUAGGAAUCAACUGCAGUGGUAAUGUCACAGUGAUCAUCUUCCUUUUCUAGUAUAGUAUACUGGCAUAAUAUAAAAGAACUAGAAAAUAUAAGUGUCCUAGAUCUCUUAGAAUAAUGACUCUGAUCUGUUAUAAACAUGAAUGUUAUGGGUGUUUUGGGUCUUUAAAUAAUUUAAAGGGAGAGUAAAAAGUAUGGUAUCAUUUUGAACUCUUAACAUCAUGCAAGGAAAGAAAUCCAGCAAGCCUGGAAAAAGCUUCAUAUGGAGAACCCAGCCCCAAUUCAUAAAACAUAUUUGAAUUGAGAUGCUCCCAAGGAAAACAAUUCUUCAGUACUUCUCAUUCAUCUGUUACCAGGUGAGACAUCUUAAAUUGUUUGAUCUUUACAUUACCAUGAUAUGUAUGGAAACAGUUUUGUUGAAGUUGUGUAACGCGCUGUAUACUAUUGUUUAAUUAACGUGUUAAAUUAUGGGAAUUGCAUAACAAGUAGUAAGAGGACAAUAAACAUGGGCUUGUGAUAA